AUGCCACGUCGGGGUAGAAGUGCUUCUCCACCGUCUAGAUCGGCAUCAACAAUGCCAAUGAGGCGCCCUGCACCUCCACCUGCACCUGCACCUGCAGCUCCAGCUCCAGCUCCAGCUAUGAUGCAACAAACUCAGCAGCCGUCUUUGUUCAAGCAGAUGGCUGCCACUGCUCAACCUGGAAUGAUGAGAACUUUUGGUGCUACAGCUGCUGGUGUGGCAGCUGGAACAGCUGUUGGUCAUACCGUAGGAAGUGCAUUAACAGGAGCCUUCAGUGGUGGAUCAUCUCAUGAUGUUCAGGCCCAACAACAACAGCAACCACAACAAGCAAUGCAAGGUGGCCCAACUGAACCAACUGGAGCAUGCGCUUGGGAAAUCAAGCAAUUCUUGCAAUGUGCCCAAAACCAAUCUGAUUUGACUUUAUGUGAAGGUUUCAAUGAGGCUUUAAGACAAUGUAAAGCCAGUCACGGUAAGAUAAUUCAAUAA